UCUCGCCACUUCCUCACCCAGAACAAAAAAGACAAAAAAAAAAAAAAGGAAGAAAUAGGAAAGAGGAAACAUUUCAUUCAUUUAUUCCGAUUCCAUACGAAUUACGAAAUGGGAAUCAAAAGCCAUAACUAAUAAGUGCUGUUGUAUUAUAAUAAGAACUUAUUAUCUCUUUUUCUUUAAUAAUUUAAUUCAAGGAUCCGUAUACCAAGAUGUUCUCCCUGGGCUCGCCGAUUCAAUUUCCUUGACGGUUCAGAAUUGGUGACAGAGCCGAAGGGAGUAAAUCUUUUAGAUGUUAUGCAAUAACUGGUUGAGGUCUGUGGCUAUUCAAGUUGGGAAAAUAAGGAGUUAUAGUGAAGGAAAGCUUUUAAGCAAUUGGGGUGGGAGAAGGUUGAAUGCUGCCGGGCGCUUUAGUUAUCUGGAGGAGUUAAAAUUUUCAACAAGAAGAAAGAUGAUGGUGGACACUGGUGCAACUGCAAAAGGAGGACCCGUUGGUGACGUCUUCCCCGAGAAGGACGAUGAUGGUGGAUAUGCUAGUGGAGGAUGGAAGAGCGAGGAUGGAAGACUCAGUUGUGGAUAUUCAAGUUUCCGAGGCAAAAGAGCUAGCAUGGAGGAUUUCUAUGACAUCAAGACUUCAAAAAUUGAUGGGCAAACAGUGUGUUUGUUUGGAAUAUUUGAUGGUCAUGGGGGCUCUCGUGCAGCUGAGUUUCUGAGGGAACAUCUUUUUGAAAAUCUUAUGAAACAUCCAGAAUUCAUAGCGAACACAAAACUGGCUAUAAGUGAGACUUAUCAACAGACUGACGUGGACUUUUUGGAAUCCGAAAAAGAUACUUUCAGAGAUGAUGGUUCUACUGCCUCAACUGCAGUUCUAGUUGGCAAUCAUUUAUAUGUGGCCAAUGUUGGAGAUUCUCGAACUAUAAUAUCCAAAGCUGGGAGAGCAAUUCCUCUCUCUGAGGAUCAUAAACCCAACCGGAGUGACGAGAGGAAGAGAAUUGAAAAUGCUGGAGGUGUAGUCAUGUGGGCAGGUACUUGGAGGGUUGGAGGUGUAUUGGCAAUGUCUCGUGCUUUUGGCAACCGGAUGCUGAAACAAUUUGUGGUGGCUGAACCCGAGAUACAGGACUUGGAGGUUGAUGAAGAAUUAGAAUUGCUUGUACUUGCAAGUGAUGGAAUAUGGGAUGUUGUUCCUAAUGAGGACGCUGUUUCACUUGCACGAGCAGAAGAGGAACCAGAAGCAGCUGCUAGAAAGUUGACAGAGACUGCAUUUACGCGGGGAAGUGCUGAUAACAUCACAUGCAUUGUUGUGAAGUUUCACCAUAAGAAGGCAGAAUCAGAGGAAUCCCAGCGUGACUGAAGAAUUUGUUGACAUAACAUGGGCAGUACCUUGCAGUUUAGAAUUCCAGUAUGGGAAUCUGCCGGUUUAUAACUGCUGAAUGUGCAGAUCGGCAAGGCAGUGAUUUGUUCAUUCAUUGGUUUUUGGAGGCAUGCUGGCUUUGUAGCGAUGUAUGUCUUGUCUGGUUGGUUAUAGGAUGUGUAAUGUAAUUCAAAUUCAAUAGAAAUUUUUCUGUGUUCGGUUGUGUAUUUA